AUGGGUCUUCACAACCCUCUGCCGUCGUCGAUGGCAUCGGAAUGCAAGAAGUGUGGGAAGAUCUUAACGUCGUUCAUUGAUCCUAGACAAGCCUUUGGCCCCGAUAAGAUUAUUCCUCCUUCGGUCCUCGCCAAUGCCAAGGGCCUCGCAGUCCUCACAGUAAUCAAAGCCGGCUUCCUCGGCUCCGCCCGCUUCGGCAGCGGCCUCGUUGUCGCCCGCCUCCAUGACGGUACCUGGUCCGCCCCCUCCGCGAUCGCCACAGCCGGCGCCGGCUUCGGCGGCCAAAUCGGCCUCGAGCUCACCGACUUCGUCUUCAUCCUCAACGACGCCAGCGCAGUCAAGACCUUCGCCCAAGCCGGCUCCCUCACCCUCGGCGGUAACGUGUCCAUCGCCGCGGGACCUGUGGGCCGUAAUGCCGAAGCUGCCGGCGCCGCCUCGCUCAAGAGCGUCGCGGGUAUAUUCAGCUAUUCUAAGACCAAGGGUCUCUUCGCCGGCGUGUCUCUCGAAGGCUCCGCUAUCAUCGAACGUCGCGAUGCGAAUGAGAAGCUCUACGGGACGAGGUAUACGGCUCAGCAGCUCCUUAGCGGGACGGUUCGUCCGCCUCCGCAGGCGGCGCCUCUUAUGAAUGUUCUUGAAUCUCGCGUCUUUAGCGGUAUGCGCUCGGGGACCUCGGCGGCCGAUUCUAUGUACAACGACAUACCCGUGUACGAUAACCGCACCGACGACGUCGUCUGGAACGGGCGCAGGGGCAGCGCCUACGGCGAAGACAUGCCCCGGCGCAACUCGGGCGACUUCGGACGGAAUGCCGGCUCUGGCGCUUCCUGGCGGGAUAACGAUUACGAUAGGGACUUUGGCGCGCCGCAGAGGGCUAGUACCUACGCGCCCAGCGGGUCGCUCUCGUCGCCUACUUCCGCGGGAGCGCCGAGGCGGCCGGCGGCGCCGAAGCCGAAUUUCGCGAGUAAGCAGGCGCUGUUGAAGAAGAAUGAGGCGGUGGCGCUGUAUACGUUUGAGGCGGAUCAGCCGGGGGAUUUGAGUUUUAAGAAGGGGGAGAUUAUUACGGUGUUGAAGAAGACGGAUAGUGACAAUGACUGGUGGACUGGUAUGAUUGGGAACCGACAUGGGAUAUUCCCUAGCAACUACGUAAAGAUGAAGGAGUGA